AUGGACACGCGGAAAUGCUCAAAAAUUACGUCAGGGAAGGAAAAAAAAAAAAACUGGCACAAAGGUGAAAAAGGUAGAAAGAUUCCCUACUGUGUGAACUACGAUGUUCUCCUGAGAAAUUGUAAAGAGGAACAAUAUAUAGAUCUUAACCUGGAAGUUAAUUACAAUUUGGAGGAAUUAUUAGCUCACAAGGACAACAUAAAAAAAUGUUUUCAUGAGAAUAAUACGCUGAGUAAAAACGAUCUGCGGAAGAAUAGGAGGAGUUACCAUUACGACGAUGAACAUGGCCUCGUUUGCGCGACGGAUGGAAUUUCCCCCUCUUGUUAUGACUCAGGGUAUGGGAAAAAAGAUGCAUGUGGUGAACGAGACAGAGCGGAAAAACACAUAUAUCGAAAUAGCGAAUAUAUCGAUGAGGGUCAUACAUCCGACUCAAGCUACAGCUAUUGCUCCAACGUAACGGACAGUUCUACAGAGUAUGAAAAAACGAAUGGCAUGAAUUUUUCACAACGCAUCACCUAUGACAGUAUCAUUUUGGAGGACAAGGUGAAUUUAUUUGAUACUGUGUUAGCCCCAAAGGGAAUCAACAAAAAUAGAAAAGGCGAAAAAAAUAAUUUUUUCUGUCCUCCAUCGGCUGGCAUAAAUGGGGACAACACAAAUAUAGGCGAUACUUAUAUAAGAACUGAGCUAAGUUAUGAAGACAGAAAAUACGGACGGGAGGGGGGUACAUCCCCUUUCCACGCGAGGGAAACGCCCAAGGACCCGUUCCCCUCAACGAACCUAGAUGGAACCCCAUUGAUGAACUUAAAAUGUCACAAAAAAUAUUCCAACCCAGCGAGCCAAAAAGUAGAAGAAGAAAUCCUCCAAAAAUAUGAAAAAAUUAUAAAAAUUAUGAAGUAUUUGAGAAGAAUAAAAAAUAAAUACCCUCAAAUAGAAGCAACUAUUUCGAUACUGUCCAGUCAUAUUAAAAAUGUCACAUUCAAUUGUGAGAAAAUGUUUUAUUCAAGACAAGAGAUGAAUGAUUUUUUGAAAAAAAUUUACAUUUACCAGAUUUACCUCCUCAAAAAAGUCGUUUUUAAAAAUCCGAGGGACAGAAGGAAUGAAAAUUCCUUCAAAGGCAUCUUUGAAGCUGCGUCACCGGUGGAGGCACGAAUGAAUUGGAAGGACCGACCAAGCUUCAGAGAUUAUUCGGAAGUCCCCGAAGGCAUCAACAGGGAUGCCCACUUCAUGUUCCAGCACAUGAGAGAAAACAAAUCUAUAAAGUCUGCAAGGGGAGUGCAACAGGAAAAUUUGGACGAGGAAGGAUGGAUUAAUUUUAGUAGCGUGAUAAAACACGAAGAAAAGACACCUUACCCUUUAAGCAAAGACACACAAAUAAUGGGCAGUGCAAUGAAGGAAAAGAAAAUAGACACCAGCCUUACUGAAAGAAGCGCAGAAAAUGGAAUGUACAAAAAGGGAAAGCUAAAGAACAGGGAUAAAUAUAAAAGUAGUGAAUUAUUUAGGGGACGAGAAAAAACAACACAGGACGAUGAUCCGUUAGGAAGUGAAGCAAACUCAAUGAACAGUUUCGCCAAUUUGUAUGCAGAGGGUGAAGAGAAAACGUCUGCCUACUACGCUAACCUGAGAGAUACAUAUAGAGAAGCCCUAAAAAAACAUAUGCACACAAAUGAAGAAAAAUUUCGAAGUGGAAAAAAUAGAAAACAAAGUAGAAUAAAAAAGGAACACAUCCUACAGGAAGAUUCAUUGAACCAUAGAAGUGCCUAUCGGAAGAGCGAAAAUUCUACUAUGUCAGAUGAUGCAGAUGGACAGCCUGAACACGAACCUGUAAGAGAAGAAACAAAGAAACAACCACAAGGAUGGUCAUAUAAACGGGAUUUCCCACUUAAUACACAUUUGAUACGAUAUGAGUCGAAAAAAGGAGACUCGAGUAGACUUAAUAAGUGUAUCCCCCAAGACAAUAUAAACAAUAAGGAAUACAAGGGGAGAAGCACUCUAAGUGACGCCAUAAGAAAAAAUUACCUAGACGUUGUAAAUGGGCAGAAGUAUGGGCCCAAAGGUGAACCCAUAUAUGGGACAUUCCUAAAAGCCCUCAAUUUAGCAAGGAGUGAAACACCCCCGGGGAGAAAUCCAUCCAAAGGGGAAACGGCUAGAAAUGAUCCUGAGGGAAAGGAAAGGAACAAUCAGAAGACGAUUGUACUCUUUUAUGAUAUAAAUAAAGAGCUAAGUGCCAUAUCAAACAGGGACUCCGUCAUACACGCGCUGAAGCAUGCGCUUCUGAACAAGCCCUACAACUUCAGCGCGCUGCAAAACUUCCUAUUCAAAAUAAACGUGGAGCUGGUGGAGUACAAAAACUUCAUCCUGCUUCUAACUCGGAACAUAAAGAAACCUCACCUGGAAGCCCUAUAUGGCUUGAACGAUUUUUCGGUGUUUGAAAAGGUGUACGGGAAGAAGGUGGCACCCCGAUUUUUGGUCUCCAAUAAGGUUAAAACUUUUUACAAGUAUGAUACAUUCUACCGAAGAUUUAAGGAACUCACAAAUGUGCGCGAUUUCAGCGGGAUAACUGAUGCAGUGGAGUUAAUUUAG